AUACAAUAAUAUAGGAUAAUAUAUAAUAUAUAUUAUAAAAUUAUUGUAUAAAUAAAUAAAGUAAUUAAACAAUAUCUUACCAAAGUAGACAUACGUGAAAUAUAGAAAUGCACAUAUUAUAAAAUAUAUAAAAUUAUAAAAUAUAGAUCAAUCCCCCCAAGUGCCUUUCCUGCAGUUCCCUUUUUCAUGCUUAAUAUAGGAAAAAAAAAUUGGGUUUGAAGAAUGCUGUCCUUAAAUCAGAGCCUGGAAGUGGCAGCAGGAGCCUCAGAGGCAGUGACCUGGAUAGAGCAGGCAGCUCUAUCCAGGUUUUUCAGGGAAAAACCGAUUUAUUUCUGGCUGAGAAGAAAGCAGAGUGCCCUGCAUCCCCCAGGGCCCAGCUGGGGGAGGGAACCUGGGGGAAAUGCAGCUCCACCUUUGGAUUUCUGCUCUGAAGGAAACAGCAGCACAGAAAAAUAGAAUCCAAACCCAAGGGGGAUUCCUCUUUAUUCCCUCCCUGCUUUUAGCACUGAAAAACAAAUGGAAAAUGUAGUUUAAAAAAUAUAUAUAAUUAAGGGGAGCAGGAGCAGGCAGGGACAGAGGUUGUGCCAAAAAUUCUGAUUUUUGAGGGGUAUUUGGAGUCUCCUUCUCCUCCUCCUGUGGCUGCUCCACACAACAUCUAAGGCAGGAUCCCUCCAGUGCUCAGCAUCCCUGAAAAUGAGGGAAUCUGGAUCAGCAUCCCUGAAAAAUGAGGAAACUGGGUCAGAAUUCCUGAAAAAUGAGGGAAUCUGGAUCAGCAUUCCUGAAAAAUGAGGAAAUCUGGAUCAGCAUCACUGAAAAAUGAGGAAACUGGGUCAGAAUUCCUGAAAAAUGAGGAAACUGGGUCGGAAUUCUGGCCUUUGCUGAAGGUGGAAAAUAUUCUGAAUUCUGGGAUGGCUGUGCCUAAAGCCCAAGGUUGUGGUGGGGAGGUGUCUGAUAGAGAAAAGAAACUCAGAAUAAACUGCUAAAUAUCAAGUUUUUCCCCUGCACUCUGCCCACUUCCUCAGGAAAAUAAAUUCUAAAAAAAGGCAAAUUCCCAUUUAAUUCUUUCAUGUGUUUCUGAGUUUUGGGUUGGACUCAAAGCAGGAAGAUUCCCAGUCCAAACUGUAAAAAUGAAUAAAUUUUUAACAAAAGGCAAAUUCCCAUUCAAUUAUUUCAUGUUUCUGAGUUUGGGGUUGGACUCAAAGGAAGAUUCCCAGUGCAAACUGUGAAAAAUUAAUAAAUUUAACAAAAAAGGCAAAUUCUAAUUAGAAGCUGUCACUUCUUGUUGUGGGCAGACAGGAAUGCUCCAGCUCUCCCACUGGAGACACCGAGGUGAGAGCUGUCCCCAGGAAUGGUUCAAUUUUAGGGGAUUUUUGCUGCUGGAGGGAAUGAAUGGGAAUUCUGUGUGGGGAAGGGCAGCUCUGGGAGUGCUGGUUCCCCUCUUGCUCCAAAUCCACCUGGAACACUCUCAGACAUUUGUGGCUGAAUGAAUUGGGAAUUUCUGUGUGGGGAAGGGCAGCUCUGGGACUGCUGGUUCCCCUCUUGCUCCAAAUCCACCUGGAACACUCUCAGACAUUUGUGGCUGAAUGAAUUGGGAAUUUCUGUGUGGGGAAGGGCAGCUCUGGGAGUGCUGGUUCCCCUCUGGCUCCAAAUCCACCUGGAACACUCUCAGACAUUUGUGGCUGUCAUUUCUCAUCCUCUGGGCUCCUGCCUCAAACUCCUCCUCCCUCCCCCAUCUGUGCACUGGAUUCCAGAGUGGCAUUCCCAGAUCCAAACCCCACAAAGCCUUUAAGGCUGAGUGUGAGUGAAUUGGGAAUUUCUGUGUGGGGAAGGGCAGCUCUGGGAGUGCUGGUUCCUCUGGUGCUCCAAAUCCACCUGGAACACUUUCAGACAUUUGUGGCUGAGUGAAUUGGGAAUUUCUAUGUGGGGAAGGGCAGCUCUGGGACUGCUGGUUCCUCCUCCCUCCUUCAUCUGUGCACCGGAUUCCAGAGUGGCAUUCCCAGAUCCAAACCCCACAAAGCCUUUAAGGCUGAGUGCCCAGUGUGAAAUGUGCCACGUUUGUCUUUGGUUUAUAAAACUUUAACCCCUGAACAAUGCAGCCUCCUCCCAGCACCUUCCUUCCAUCCACCUCUCUCAGCCACUUGGUUUCUUGGCAGGAUUUACAUAACCUGGCUGAAAAUGUUCCCACAGCUGAUAAAAUCCUGCUGUGGAAUCCAAAGCUCUGAUGAAAAGGCUGGAGCCUGGCACAGAUGGUUCAUAGUCACAGUUUGUUCCACAGGGGGGGAAAGUGGCAUUUUCUGUACAAGCACACCCACCCCGAGCUUUCCCAUGGGAAUUGCUUGUUCUGCUCAGAUUGUUAUUUCAAAGCUGUCAUCAGAUGUGAUCCCCCCUGGAUUAGAGGGAGCAAAAGGAGCUGAUCAGAUCAUCCCUGAGGCACAAAGCAUUUGCAGUUGGGUUUCAUUUGUUACCUCAGGGCUUUCUCCUCCUCUGUAUCUUCCUAAAAAUACUCCUGCAGGUUUUAGGGAUGUGGGGAUUUGUAGGAGGAAGAAUCCUCUGAAUCAUUUAAAUAUUGGUAAAACACAAGCAUGGAGCUUUUAGCUCUCCCUGGCCUUAGAUCUGGUGCAGGAAUAUGGAGUUAAAUCUAAACCUGGGUUUAUUGCAGGAGUAAAGUUAUUUGUAACAAAAGCAAAGAGCCUGCUCACAGACAUUCUGUCAAUCAAACCUUCCUCAGAUAAACAUUCCCUAAUCUAGACUUUAACCUUUUCUGUCAAAAACCAGCACAUGAGGAAGUAAUUAAUGAGUGCAGGAGGGGAAAAAAGGAAAAGAAACAAUAAGAAUGUGCUGAAUAGAGGCAAAACUGAGACUGAAACCCCACGGGCUGCCUGCUCAGGGCUCAGGAUGCAGACAGGGCAUUGCAGCUCCUGACCAACAGCCUGAGGAGAUGCUGGAGCAUUCAGCCAGCCCCAGGGUGGGCAGUAAAUCUGCCUGGCACAGUGGAGGGGCUUGCACUGGAUAUCUGGGAAUAGGAAUGAGGUUAUCCCUGCUCCUACACACCCUCAAUCCAUGGCAGGGAAAUGCUGCCAUGAAAUACCCAUCAGUGCUGCUCUGCUUUCCAGAAGGAGCUGCAGUGAUCAGCUCAUUCAUUAAGGAAAGCCUAUCAUGGGAGCUGGAUCAGAGCCCACUUCCAGCAGGCUGAGUCUCACCCAAGGUCUGGCAGAACAAAUCCAGCAAAUCCACUUAAAGUGCUCGGGGAGGGGGGAAAAAAUCCUGCCAUAAAAAAAAUUAUUUUGGAUAAAUCACAACCUUACAGGAACACUGUGCCUCAGUUUCCCCAAUGACAAGUGGGGGUGACAGAAGUGCCACUCAGCCAAUUCCCAGCAGAGCUGUGGAGCUCAUUUGAUUAACAUUUAUGAAACCACCACGCACGACUCUGAGAGGGGAACUGCUGCUGAAGGGCUGUUGUGAUUGCUGCUUCAUCCCCAGGUGCCUGAAAGAGGGAGCUUGGCAGAACUCCAGGAGAAAUAUCCUUGUGAGCUCAGAUAAAAGAUGAGCCAAGCUCACAGUCAGAGGAGAUUCAUUGCAAACCUGGGGGGCUUGGAUCUGAGCUCAGAACCCGGGCAAGGCUCCAGGAGCUUGAGGUACAAAAUCAUGGAAGGGUUUGGGUUGGAAGGGACCUUUAGAGGUCACCUUGUGCAUCACACACCUGGGUAAAACCAGCCGGGCUCUGCCAGAAGAGAGGAGUCCACAUGUCCAGAACACCUUGGAAUCGUCCAAGGCCGGGUUGGAUGGGGCUUGGAGCAACCUGGGCCGGUGGAAGGUGUGGCUUUAGGCUGCCAAACCACUGGGAAAAAGCCAAACCCAGCUUUCCCCUCCUCCCGCCCUCCUGCCUUCAUCAGCUCCCGUUUUCCCGAGGAGAAGCCGCACACCGCUGUGUGAGGAUGCCCGUGUGAGGAUGCUCAUGUGAGGAUGCUCGUGUGAGGAUGCUCGUGUGAGGAUGCUCGUGUGAGGAUGCUCGUGUGAGAAUGCCCGUGUGAGGAUGCUCAUGUGAGAAUGCUCAUGUGAGAAUGCUCGUGUGAGGAUGCCCGUGUGAGGAUGCCCGUGUGAGGAUGCUCGUGUGAGGAUGCCCGUGUAAGGAUGCUCGUGGGAGGAUGCUCGUGGGAGGAUGCCCGUGUGAGAAUGCCCGUGUGAGGAUGCCCGUGUAAGAAUGCUCGUGUAAGGAUGCCCGUGUGAGGGUGCCCGUGUGAGGAUGCUCGUGGGAGGAUGCCCGUGUGAGGAUGCUCGUGUGAGGAUGCCCGUGUGAGGAUGCCCGUGUGAGGAUGCCCGUGUGAGGAUGCUCGUGUGAGGAUGCUCGUGGGAGGAUGCUCGUGUGAGGAUGCCCGUGUGAGGAUGCUCGUGUGAGGAUGCCCGUGUGAGGAUGCCCGUGUGAGGAUGCUCGUGUGAGGAUGCUCGUGGGAGGAUGCUCUGCCGGCCCAUCCCUCCCGUGUCCCGUUAGCAACAAGUGCCGGAGCAGGGAAGGGACACCCGGCCGAGGGGCUCCGCUGAUGCCGGGACCCGGCCCGCCCUGUCUCGGCGUUCUGCUGUCCCCCGGUCCCCCCGUGUCCCCCCGGUCCCCGCAGCCCCUCCCGCCGCCGAGGGCGGACUCUCCGCCGCCGCAGCCCGGAUGCCGCCGCGUUCCUGGCCGCUCUCCCGGCUCCGCUGCCGCCGCUUCCUCCAGGAUCUGCCGGCGGGGGAAGCCGCGGGGAGGGGGCCCAAGGGCUUCUCCUCCUCUCGCCGGGUUAUUUUUUCCGGUGCUUGCUCCAGCGGGGGAGGUGGGAAGAGCCAAAGGCGGCGGUACCCCCUUCCCGCCCCCCCCUCUCCUCCGCAGCACAUGGGAAGCAAAAGUUUUCCUCCUCCUCCUCCUCUUCCUCCACCUCCUCCUCCUCCUCCUGCCGCCGCUCGGUGCCCUCCGCCCGCUGCCCUCGCCCCGCAGCCCCCCCGGGCCGCCCCCCGAGGAUGCUCGGGCUCCGCUUGGACACGGAUGUCCCGACGGACAGCGAGGAGUAGAGCCCGGCAGGAGCCCCCCAGGCCCGGCAGGGAGCGGAGCCGAACCCGAGGCCGCAUCUUCCGGAGGGAUCCGCCAGGAAAGCGGCGGCUGGGCCGGGAUAACCCGAUGGUUUAGCAGCGCCGGCCGGGCUGCGCCGCUCCUGCACCGCCAUGGGCACGGGAUGUGCUCCAGGAGGCAGAAGGGGCUGCUGCCCACCGCCCUCUGCCUGCUCACCCUGGCCUGCCUGGCCUCCGGAGUUCUCCUCUACAGCCACUUGCAGCAGAAGGUGCGGAGCGCCGAGGCGCUGGCGCAGAAAUACAAACAGCAGCAGGAAGCGCUGUCAGCCCAGCUCCAAGUGGUGUACGAGCACCGGUCCCGCCUGGAGCGAUCCCUGCAGAAGGAGAGGGGCGAGCACAAGAAGACCAAGGAAGAUUUCUUGGUGUACAAGCUGGAGGCUCAGGAAGCUCUCAACAAGGAGAAGCAAGACUCCAUGAACAGAUAUGGGGCCCUCAGCUCCCAGCACAAGAUCCUGAAGGUGAGGGAGGCUCGGCUGCGGGGUUUGAGGGGUGGAGAAUCCCAGGAUUGCUGCACCUGGGGGGGCUGA